AUGCAGUUCUCCACCAUCGUCUUCAGCGCCGUUGCUCUCUUCGGCUCCAUGACCCUUGCCGCUCCCACCGAGAACCUCGUGGCCCGCGCCUCUUGCCAGGUCGGUGACAUCUGGGGCGCUGGUGAUGCCGCUUGCAGCGCAUCUUGCCUUAAGGACGGAACCUACCACGGCGGCUACUGCAACGACGAGAGCGUCUGCGUUUGCACCUACUAA